AUGAAUACAGGUGAUGACGAAGCUUGGAGUAGUGGAGAGUCAGAGCCUGAAGAAGAUGUUAUUACAGACAGAACUAUUGCAUGUGAUGUCGAUUUACUUGAUAACGAACGUGAUGAGAAUAUACCAGAUGUACACUAUGAUCCUUAUUUUUACCCAUCUAUAAAAACUUUUACUGAACAAACCAAUCUUUUUCAAGAACAAAAUCCCGAACCGGAUCGAAUACAUAUGAAGCCGUGGACUCCUAUCACUGAAGACGAAUUAUGGAUAAUCAUUGCUUUAUCAAUAAACAUGGGUCAUGUUGUAAAAGGGCAACUAAAGGAUUAUUGGAGCCGAGAUCCACUGCUAUACACUCCAAUAUACGGCGAAAAACAUAUAGAAGUCAUUAACAUUGAUGACUCUGAGCAGGAGGACGAGGAGGAGGAGGAGGAGGAGGAGGAGGAGAUGGAGAUCGACGAAAUAGAGGAGGAGAUGGAGAUCGACGAAAUAGCAGAACAUAUGCAAGUCAUUAACAUUGAUGACUCUGAGGAGGAGCAGGAAGAGGAGGAGGAGAUGGAGAUCGACGAAAUA